AUGUUUGCAGCAUUCGGCAUGAUCAGCAACACCAUCUGCCUCUACGUGGAUAUAUUCCUGCUGAUAAUCUGUGUUCUGCAAAUCCUCGCCAAUUUCGUUGUGCUCUACGUUUGGUGCACAACCAGACGACUUUAUCGAAACGACAGUCUUAUCUUGCUGGUUUCACUGGCAUUCAUCGACUUCGUCUAUGCGGUGCUUCAGUUUCCCUAUUUGAUUUUUCUGAUUUCUGGAGCAAGACCGGACAAUGUGCCCUUCGACUACGAUCCAUGGGUGGUAGUCCCACUAGGAGGUCCAUCUGCAGCCCUUAUGAAGUCUGGGUGUACGGUCACUACUGCCAUAGCAAUUGAUCGCCUUCUAGCAUUGUAUUUUCCAGUGGAUUACUAUAGAAGAUCGAAGCGAUACUGGUCGAUCGGAGCCUUCCUGUUUGCCAUAUUAUUGGCUCUCAUUGACUGGCUUAUCCUCCAAGUGACAGUCACUAUUCAACGAGUUCCUGGUUGCAGCUCUUUCGGAUGUUUCACUAAUGAGUUGUUCCGCGCUUACUGGGGACUAUCAAAUAUGAUGAUGAACCUGUUCUCAUGUCUACUAACAAUGGUAAUCAUGUAUCAUCUCCUCAAGCGUUCAGCGCGAUUAACAAAAGCGUCUGAAGUAGAAAGACACAAUAGGACCAAGAUUGAUAGGAGUGCUAAUCGGGUUGCCCUCUACAUCCUUCUUGUAUCAGCCUUGAUUGGAGUCGUUCCAGGUUGUCUCAACGGCGUUGGCACCGUACUCAGUUUCCAGCUGCUUGACGAAGUGUCUUUCUUUGUUGGGACUUGCGCCACUCUCUCUGGACUUUCUCAUGCAUUCAUCUUUGGCAUGGCUCACCAUCAGAUCAAAUAUGCCAUAUUGACGAAAGUCUGCUGUUUGAAACCCUCCAAUAAUAAGACAACUCGUGUGGAUGGUUCUAAUGCAGUGAUGUCUUAAACUAUCAAUGACGGGAGAAAGCAUGUGUUUUAUGGGAUUACACAGGGUUGCUCACGAAUAGGGAUCUCAAGAAUAUGUGAGUAGAUGUGCAAUUGCUCAAUUUUGUUCGUAAUUGUUCUGCUAUGUUUUGUCCACGUCAUGCAUUUGUUUGUCAACCGUUAUAAAUGGU